CAAUGGCAAGAGGCAUAGCCAGGAAAGGGGCUGAGCACAGGGCGAGGGGAGCAGGAGAAAAGCAGCAGCCAGACGGAGCCUGCAGGAGGAAGGGAAGCGGCAGCAUCAUCAUCGCUGUGUCCCAGGCAUUGCAGGGGGAGCACCCGGUGCGCUGCAUACAGCCCCCGGCUCAGCCCGAAACUGUGUCCAGAGGAAGCAUCAGGGAGGAGGGGGCAGCAGCCGCCAGCACUCAGUGUUUCCCUCUUUUUAUCCCCCCCCUCUCUGCACAUUAGCCGGAGCCUGUGGAUGGGACCGGACCGCUGCUCCUGGUCACACUGAGGAUCCCCUGCCGGAGACUGUAGAGCGGGGAAGUCUCUGCCAGUGGCUGCGAUCUGCAUGAGGAUGAGCCGGGCACUGAUGAGCAUCCCGGCGGGGCGCCCCCGCUAUUGUCACUGAGGUGCGGGAUCCCCGACAUCCGCCGCUAGCCAGCACUGUACAGCAGCAGCAGCAGCACCGCGCACUCUGCCGCCCGUCUACUGUGUAUACAUCAGCGUGCAGGGAUGGAGUGAGGUCCGCGCUGCAGCCUCCCAGCCACAUGCACACACUCCGCAGCUAGAAGCCACACCGCCGCCGCAUCGUGCAGCCUGCCCCGGGGACCAUGGCUGGAUGGAGAGCGCUGUGCCUGCUGCUCCUAUGCUCCCUGCUGGAGGCGUCCCUGGGCCGGAGGCUCGUCUGCUGGCAGGCUAUGUUGCAGUGCCAGCAGGAGGCGGACUGCAGCUACGCUUACAGACAGUACACAGAGGCUUGCUCGUCGGUGCUGCCCAGGCACGGAGAUGCCGCCGCCGCUCACAGCCCGGCCCGGCGCCGCUGCCCCAGCCACUGCAUCUCUGCACUCAUCCAGCUCAACCACACCAAGGGGGGGCCGGCGCUGGAGGACUGUGAUUGCGCUAUGGAUGACAUAUGUAAGGCCACCAAGCGGGCGAUCGAGCCAUGCGUGCCCAGGACCAGCACCAACACGGGCGGGGGAGGUGCGGGAGGAGGAGGAGGAGGCGCCGCUGCCGCCGCCGGCGGCGGUGGGGGAGCCGGCGCUGGAGGCGGGGCGGUGAUGGGCUGCAUGGAAGCCCGGAGACUGUGCGAGAGUGACCGGCGCUGCCAGGCCUCGCUCUCCAGCUACCUCAACCACUGCGGGCGCCUGUUCAACGGGGUGCGCUGCACAGAUUCCUGCCGGACGGUGAUCGAGGACAUGAUGCGGGUGCCCAAGGCGCUGCUGCUCAAUGACUGCGUGUGCGAUGGCCUGGAGCGGCCCAUCUGCGAGUCCAUCAAGGAGAACAUGGCCCGGCUCUGCUUCGGGGUGGAGCUGGGCAACGGGGGUCCGGGCAGCAGCGGGGGCUCCUAUGAUGAGUACGAUGAAGAGGACUAUGGGGAUGAGCCGGAGCAGAGCAGGGACGGCUCGUACGAGGAGGGGCAGCCGAAGGUAAACCCUGAUGCCGGCAGCACAGGGGCCCCCGGGGCCACUCCCUCACUGACACUAUGGACCUGUUCUGUGCUCACGCUGCUGCUGCUGCGGGGGUGAGAGCAGCGCAUACCAUGAGGAGGAUGCCUGUAGUGUACCUUACACGUACUACACCGCUGGUGCGCCCAGCUGCCUCAUCUGCCCCUGGUGCCGAGUAACUGCCCCAUGGUCAACCAUGGUGCCCUAUCGUUGUGAAUGCUGGCAUCGCCCUUGCACAGUUACACUCGCUGCAAUAUCCAUUACACCUGUGCCUUAUGUCAUGCUAGCCAGUCAGUAGUGUCAGAGGGCGGCUGGCAUUGCAUUACUCCCUCAGCAGCCUGCAUUGCCCUCUAUUCUGCCCCUCUCAGUUGUUCCUGUUGGCAUAAACACCAGGUCCCCCCCCCCCCCCCCCAAAUUACCUGAGCAGAGGCACUGCUUCUGCUUAUCAUAGACUGUAUGUAGUGUGUACUAUGCAGCACCUGUCCCUGUAGGACAACCUAUGCAACUGACACAGUCCCAACUGGUAUAGUGCACAAUAGCAGCCCCACCACAUACACACAUGCACUGGCUGGCUGGGUGCUGGAAUCUGUCAUUAGGGCUUACACAUUGCUUGUUCCCUUUAAAAUUAUUCUUAGGGACAGUAGUAGAUGCUAAUGUAUUUUAUGACCUGGUGGUGACUGUCUUGUCUUUAUAGUGCGGAUUAUUCCAAAUAUAAGCACACAAUGUAUUAAAAUCAUUUUAAAAUGCAAUGCCACCAUGUAUGCCAGCCUUGAUAUUGCAGAUUUACUAAGACUUGUGGGGUUUUUUUUUGUUUUUUUCAUUUGUAGGAUAGUCUCCGUCUAUAUAUAAUAUGUGAAUUUCAUCAAAUGAUCAUAUACCACCAACAUACCAUCUAAGUAUAAUGUUGAUGCUGCUCUUUGCAUCCUGUACGGUCUGGGGAGUAUACACCUUUCUUCCUCAGCAAUGCAAGCUGCUCCAGAGCUCUGUACUGCCACCGUAGAAGACACUUUUAUUAAUUAUGUGUAAAUAACAAAUGCCGAAACGUUUUAUAUUACUGGGAGUGUCAAUAUUAUCUAUUCUGGUAAGAAUUAUAAAUAGGCUAUUUAAAUCGGAAUGACUAGUUGCUACAUAUCUGUACAUAUUUUUAUAUAAAUUGUAUUCCAUGAAUAAUUUAUUUAAAAUAUAGAGGUGAAUUCUAUGUGUUUGCAAACAAUGAUAUUGUUUCAGCAAAAAAAAAGGUACAUCAAAUAUUUUCUUUGACAUAUUCUUCAAAUGUACAGUUUAUUUUAUAGAUUUACUGAAGUGAUAAAAAAAUAUUUUUGAAGAGAAUUUUAUGGACUCUAGAAUUGUACAAACUUUCCUUUCUUUCUGAAUACUGCCUUACACUUUUGUAUUUUUAUAAAUGAAAUAACAGGAAAAAAUGAAUAUACGUGAAUUUGGAUGUAUUUUGCUGUGUCCAUUAGUAAAUAUUUUUUAAAGUAA